AUUUUAUCUGUUUGGAAGUGUACUCGUUUUCAUUGUUCUGUUCCUCGAUCUUCAAGAUGAAUAUUCGGAAGGGAUCGUUCAUGCUCCUGAUCACCAUAGUGAUCCUGUCUCAAGCAGUGGCUUCACGAUUCCUUGAUGAAGCAGACGAAGACGAACAACUCAUGGAGGCAUGGAAUCCGUUAAAAAAGAUAGCACAUCGCAAUUGUUAUCCUAAAACACAGUGCGAAACUGCCGGAGGUAAAAAAACAUGCAAGGACUUCAGUUGUUGUCAGAUCGUCCUCUUCGGCAAGAAAACUCGCGCCAAAUGCACAGUUGUUACAAGUUAGACACCGAUCUGGCAUUCUCUGACGAUCUUCAUGCAGCAGCUAGUGAACUAAUGCUAUAACUUAUAAUACAACGAACAUCAACAUACCCAGCGUUCUCUUUUUCAUGAUAAUUUAGUUGAACACGUAAUAAUCUAAAAAUGCAACACUAAGUGAGCAAUGCAACAAUUAAGGAUCAUCAAUUCCUACCAGCUUAUAUUGUUGGCAAAAUAGAAAUAAAAGACUUUUCGGAAGAUUGAAUUGUUUUUUCUCCUGAAUUACUUUUGUUUAUUGUACAAUAAAACACAAAUUGCACAGUG